AUUAUUCCACCAAUUGAGAGAGAAUAUCCCUUCACUCACAGAGAGUCAUUCUCAUGGUUUUUCGUUCUCUCCCUCCCCCCUUUCUCUCCACACACGCACGCUUUCUCUCUCCCUACAUUAACGAAAUCCAAAUACCCAAUUCUGUGGAUUCAUCUCUCUCUCUCUCUCUCUCUCUUUUACAAGUCACCAUAUACUUAACAUCUAUCUAUCAAUAUUCAUUAUGUCCACUCUCUCUAUAAAUCCAUCUUUCUCUCCAUCUUUCUGUGCCUCUUGCUCUUCUGAUACCCCUUCUUGUUCUUCAUCAUCAAAUUCACAGCCACCAUUCAAAGUCUCUUCUUUUUGUCCUCCAAGACCACAACAACCCAUUGGCCUUGCUUGCACACAGUCUCAAUUUUUGCUCUCUAAAAGACCAAAGAGUUGGGGGUUGACUCAGAGCUCAGCAAAAGACAUGACCAUCACAGAUUUCAAGGAUGAUGAGGAAAGCCCUCCUCUUAUGGUCGAAUCAGAAGUUAUUUCCAGGCCUCGCCGAAUUGCUCUCUUUGUUGAGCCCUCUCCCUUUGCUUACGUGUCCGGGUAUAAAAAUCGGUUCCAGAAUUUUAUUAGAUAUCUACGGGAAAUGGGAGAUGAGGUGAUGGUUGUGACAACUCACGAAGGAGUGCCUCAGGAAUUUUAUGGAGCAAAAUUGAUUGGAUCUCGAAGCUUCCCCUGUCCCUGGUACCAGAAAGUCCCCCUAUCCCUAGCACUAAGCCCUAGAAUAAUCUAUGCGGUUGCCCAGUUUAAGCCUGAUAUAAUACACGCAUCAUCUCCCGGUAUUAUGGUUUUUGGUGCUCUCAUUAUUGCAAAACUUUUGUCCGUUCCUUUAGUGAUGUCUUAUCACACACACGUUCCAGUAUACAUACCAAGAUACACCUUUAGUUGGCUGGUCAAACCUAUGUGGUGGGUCAUAAAGUUUCUUCAUCGGGCAGCUGAUCUUACACUGGUUCCAUCAGCUGCCCUUGCAAAGGAGCUUGAAGCAGCUAGGGUAACAGCAGGUAACAAGAUUCGUCUCUGGAAUAAGGGUGUUGAUUCCGAAAGCUUCCAUCCCAAAUAUCGCUCUCAAGAAAUGCGAAUAAGACUAAGCAAUGGGGAGCCCGAGAGACCAUUGAUAGUCCAUGUUGGACGACUAGGAGUUGAGAAGAGUUUGGAUUUACUCAAAAGUGUCAUGGACCAGAUACCGGAGGCACGAAUUGCUUUUAUUGGAGAUGGACCAUACAGGGAGGAUCUGGAAAAGCUGUUCUUCGGCAUGCCUGCCGUAUUCACAGGGAUGUUAGGAGGUGAAGAGCUCUCUCAAGCAUACGCCAGCGGAGAUGUUUUCGUCAUGCCUUCAGAAUCAGAGACGCUCGGACUGGUCGUUUUGGAAGCUAUGUCGUCGGGACUUCCAGUGGUGGCUGCUCGAGCUGGAGGAAUCAUUGACAUAAUUCCCGAAGACCAAGAGGGUAAAACUGGAUAUUGCUUCAGCGCUGGAGACAUUGACGACUGUGUGAGCAAAUUGAAGCCUCUCUUGCAUGACGCUGAAUUAAGAGAAACUAUUGGCAAAGCUGCGCGCGAAGAAAUGGAGAAGUAUGAUUGGAAAGCAGCCACUUGUAAGAUACGCAACGAACAAUAUAAUGCUGCCAUUUGGUUCUGGCGGAAGAAGAGAGUGCUGCUACUGAGACCAUUUCAAUGGCUAUUCAGGCGUUUUUUUCAGCCACCCGCAAUUAACUACAGGUGAUUUUUAGAUAUUGUUUUCCUUUUGGGGUUUUGACGUUGGUUGUUUUGAAUCAUAUUUCGAGGUUGAAAUGAAAUUAUUGAUUGUUUGUGUCGGAUAAAUAUUGAUAUUGAUUGUUUGUCGGAUAGAUAUUGAUUUGUAUUAUAUUCGGACCGCUACAAGAUUUGGUCUGUUUGUGCUGUUGUCAUCAGCAUAGCAUCAAGGGAAUUCAUUGAUUUUAUGUAAGUUUCAAUGUAAUAAACGGGAAAUUAAAUUAGUUUAUUGGAUUGUGCCUUUUCGUCUGUAACA